AUGGCGACAAACGCGAACCAAGAGUUCAGCAAGCAGGAUACCACAACCGACGAUAUUCCUCAGGGUGGAGAUACUGUUGACAACUCUUAUGCUAGUCGGCCAGGUCAGAUUAGUAUACCUGUGCUGAGGGACGAGACACCGGUUGAGCAACCCAACGACGCACACAAUCCUGACUCGGAUCAGGCUCUAAGGCAAGAUGAAGCAGAAGCAAUCGACAAACACAAGAUUCUGAAAGGUGGUCGGACUCGAAAUGCGACAAAACCAAAGGGUACUUAUCAAGAUCCAGAGGGAGAGGCCGACCUUCCUGAGAAUGACGAGACUUCUGCCGUGCGUUGAUCUUUUGCCGACCAAAUAUAGUACUGUUGCGCUCAGACACAUGAGAUUGGGAAUAUAAGGAUGUUUCUCGAAUGACUCUCGCGCUUUUCGGUGAGCAUUUACAAAAAGACUGAGGUCUCAACAGCGACUUAGGAAGAAUCUAAGAUGUUGAAUACUGUCACUCACUACUCCUAUAGAUAUUGAAAUUCUUUGAUUGCGA